AUGGGUUAAACAAAUUCAUAAAAUUUAUAACAAUCAAAAGUAGAUGUCCCUAAGAUUAAUCAAUUGUAAUUUUGGAAGUAAUCAACAGAUAUCAGAUAUGGAGAAAUAAGAAUAUUCAAAACAUAAGAUUAACAUGCAGUAGCUGUUAAAGAUCAUAUUUUUUAAGAUGAUGGAUAAUGGAAUUAAUUUAAAAUAGUUUAAGAGAAACAAAUGGGAAAUGUAAAUUAUCAUACUAAAUAAAAAUAGAAGUAGAGUACUCCUUUCUUAAUUUAAAUGAUUGAUUUAUAACAUGUUACAGAAAAGGAACUUUGCACUCAAUUAACUUAAGCUCAUAGUGUAUAUGAAUAUUUUGAUGAAUACUUGGAAAGAGUAAUAAAUGAAUUAAGUGAAACAAAAUAAUAUUUUGAAGAAAUUGAAAUUGUUGCUAUGUUACAUUGUACAGUAAUCAAAUGAUAUAUAAAUUAGUUAAUGGCUUUGUAAAGAUUAAAUGAUUAAUAAAAAUAACAUGGUGACAUUAGACCAUUGACAAUAAGUGUAACAUCUUAUGCAAAAAGAAGUCAAUUUCGUUAGAAUCAUCCAUUUUCAGUUUUUAAAUUAACUGAUAUUUAAGAAAUGACAGAUAUGAAUGCAUAUAGAAGAUGUAUAGCUAAAUAAUAGGGUUAAUACAAUUUAAGUCCAGAAUAAUUGUCAUCUCUUAAAUAGAAAGUCUUAAAGUUAAAUAUUGAUUAAAAUAAAUCAGAUGUAUUUUGUAUAGGUUUAACAGCCUUAUAAAUGGCCACUUUAAGUUUUGUCUAAGACAUUUAUGAUUUAUAAAGCUAUACUUUAAAUAUGGAAAAGUUUAAUGAUCAUUUAUUUUUACUGAAAUCUUAAUAUAGUUCUAAUCUAUAUGAAAUAGUUGAAUCUUUACUUGUUAUGGCUCCUGAUAAUAGACCGAAUCCUAAAUAAGCUCAUGAUUUAUUACAUAACUAUGGAUUUUAAUUAGAGGAUUAUUUUAGAGUAAUAUUAUGUAAUUUAGUUAUCUUAGUCCUCUACUAUUGCAGAAUUUAUACCAUCUUAUUCGAUUGAUUUCAAAGAGUAAAAUAAUGGAUAUGUUAAACAAAAGUAAAGGGUUGUUGAUUAGUAAUUACAUUCAUUGUAAAAUUAAGAUCCAAAUAAUUUAUAUAACUAAGUUGAAAAUAUUGAAUAAAGGGCUAAAUUGGCUUUAAAAAGAAGUUAGGAUGCUUAGAUUAGAUUUUAAAAAUCUCCUUAGAAAAAAUUUAAAAUACCUAUUCCUAAUUGGGAACCAACAAAAAGCCUAUAAUAAUAUUCUAAUCUAUCUCCAAUUACUUUAGAAGAGAUUCUUCCUUUACAAAAUAAGCAAAUGAAUAUUUAAAGUGAUUAAAUCAUUAUUCAGGAUCCUCCUUCUAAUAGACAAUCUUUUUUCAAAAAUUUAACUAAUCCUUAAUAAUAUCAAUAACAUCAUUAUAAUGAACAUGAAUAAAUAAUGCAUAAUGAUGAUGAAUAUGCAUAUAAUCAUCAAGAAAUAGAUGAAUAACCAAAAUAAAGUUUAGUUGAAUAAGUUGAAUUAACAAAUUCUAAUUUAAAAACUCUUUAACAAAAACCUAUUACAAAUUAGUAUGAUAAUAAUUUAUUUUAAUAAUAAUCAUUAUUUUAAUCAAUUAACACUGAUUAAAAGAAAUAUCCUUAAUAAUAAUAUUAAUAAUAAUAAUAACAAGAGUAAUAAUAAUAAUAAUAAUAAUUUUAAUAAUAAUAAUAAUAAACAUAUUCUUAAAUUUAAUAAUAAUCCUAUCAAUACUCAAAUCAAAUAUAAUCAAAAUAAUUAUAAAACAUUGAAUAACAAUCAUAAGCUCGAUCAUCAACCUACAACUAUCCUUAAAAUUAACUAAAUGAAAGUGUUAAUGAUCAUUAAAGAUCUCCUUAUGCUUUAUAAUAAAGAUAAUCUUUAGCAUUAUCAUAAGACAAAGUGAUUACUUAAUAGUUAACAGGAUAAUAGGUUGAAUAAACACUUUAAAAUCUUUAAAAUAGAUAGUCAAUUCGUUAAGAUUCUUUUGGUGUUGGAUCUUAAAGACCAUAGUAACCAUUAGUAGUUCCAAAAUCUCCAGAAAUAGAGCCUAAGAAUAUUUUUAUAUAAUUUGAAUAAGAAAAAUUAACUUAAUAAAAUUAAAGAUCUCCUAUUUAGCCUCUUGAAAGAAUUGAUGAUGAUGAAUAAGAGCCUAAUUAUAAUCCUCAUUUAACUGAAUCUAAUGACUCAUAAUAAGCAAUAUCAAUAUAGAGUAAACCAUAAAGCAUGAGAGGAACAAUGGUAGGUAGUUAAACACAUUUAAAGGUUCCUUCCUCUGUUACAUCUAAGCAAUAACGUCCUACAGUCUAAAAAUAAUAAACUACUUCAUAGAAAAAUAUUUACAAUCUUUCAUAAAAGAAAAGUAGUAAAAUAAUAAAAAAAUGA